AUGGACGUUCCAACCGACUCGGACUAUAGCGAAGACGACACGCGAGUUACCAACCAUUGUAUUGAUUUGAGGAAUGUACCGGCUCUUGUAACGUGGCGAGAUUCUCGCGGCGACAUUCAGUCACUGGCAGAUCUUCAAGUCGGCCUGGUCUACAGGACUGAUACACAGAAGGCACUUGUAAAGCUGCACACCAACACGAAACUCAAGAAGGGGCCGGCCAAACCUACAAUUUUUCUAUUCAUCGACCCGCACAAGAUACGGUCCCUGGAGUAUAUUGAUGGGAAUGGAGCCGAGUCCGACGAGGCUGAGAAGGAUCAGGGGCGAUACGCACGAGGACAUCUCAAUACCAGUACUCACGGUCUGAAAUUCACGUUGCGAGCCUCGCCUACAUUUGUCGUCCCAGCCGAGUAUCCUUUUCAAUUUUUCCGUGCCGGUUCUCAAAAUGUGUGGAGGACGUGGAGGAAUUUUGCAAGAGACAUUUCUCAAUUCACUGUGCACUUCCCAUCAAAGACGGCGCGUGUGACGCCGCUAUCGGCGUUUUGCAAAAUAGCAUCAACACCAGACACUCUACUUCUCUUGGAAGACACCAUUGCAAGUCUCUACGGUGGCAAAGGUGGCAAGGUCGUCAAUCUCAACGCCGAUGAGAGUGAUGGUGGAGCGGGUGGGGUCGGAGCGACAUGUGAUGCGGCGUCUUCGGAAAACGACGCUCCUCCAGCAUAUGUGGAAGAUGUUGCUGGGUCAAGCAUAUCUGCCGUUGCACCUCCACUAUGCCUAUCACCUGGUCCAGGACAACGGAAGCGGCGUCGCAUGUCGAAUGGCUGUGGUUUGGAUGAAAAGUCCACUGCCAGAGAUGAAACCUGCAGUACCGCCACUGUUCUUCAAAUGAUACUAAAGCUGCAAAAGACUGUUGACGAAGGAAGAGCAGCCCAAGAUGCGGCUCUAACCAAAAUACUAGCCAAGGUAGACACCAUAGAGAGUCGACUAGAUCGCCUGGAAGCUCAGCAGCGAAACCUGCUUGAAGAAGUGGAGACUCAAGUUGAGGCCCAAGUUGAUCCGCUCUGGGAUGAAUUGAGCGCAAGACUCCAAAGUCAAGAAGAUAGAGAACACGACUAUAUUCGGGACAUGAUUGAAGAGUCCUUUGACGAAAAAAUAGACGAGAAGAUCCCCGAUGCCGUCAACCAGUACUUCAGCACUGAGGACGAUGCUGAGAUCUUGGCCGGUGGGGUCAUUGGCGAAAAGAUUAGGGAAGAGACGCGUGCAUAUCUACGCAGUCAGCAGUUCACAGGUCACUUUACAAUUGUUCAUAACGAAUAA